UGGAGCGCGAUCAGUUGGCCAACGAAUGCCAUUGAUUACGUAGCGUAUGCCGGACAAACUUAACGUUAAAAUCGUUUUGUGUAUAUUCGUCGUGUUCACGAUACCUACAAGUUUAUUUACAAAUUAUGUUUAUUUAUCUCUACUACGACACAUACGUGAGUGAAUGAAUUUAACAACAAUCUGGUAUUGGGAUUCCAAACCAUAUUGACGAAAACGAACCAAUAUAAUAACUAACGAGAUAAUAACGAGUUGACAAUCGAGUGUAUCGUCGUCGGUCUUCAUCUAUUUCGUAGACAACGUUCCAGUUGACAGAAGAAGUCGAAUCUUGACUGAUAACCUAUAUUAUUCCCUAUCUUACUCAUUGCUUACCCAGAAAUAACUCUAGCGCCCUCUUGUCUUAUCUUAAUUCGAACGUGGUUGACAGUCUGUCGCGUCUGUUACGUUUUUUUGUUGUAUCAACUGUCACAUUGUUUUGAUACACUUUUUUUCUCAUUUUUUGUUUUGUUUUUUUAUACAAACGAAUGAGAAUAAGCGCGUGUGCUCUAAGACCUAAACUACCUAUAUUUUGCUUCUAUACAACUUUAUAGAGAUAGUUUCGUUUCUCUAACUGAAUUGGUCUCGUCGUUUCGUCGGGGCUAAUAGGCUUCACCUACAUUGAAUGGUAAUUAGAUUGUGUGUCUGCUGGUCUGGCGGCUGACCAGAGCGAACGACUUUGUGCAUAAUAGAGCACAAUAAUAUAAUUUGCCGAGCCCCAUUUGAAUUCAAUUACCCUAUAGCCUGUUGUAGCGACACUGAGUGAGAGUGCGCAUUUUACUUCAUUUACACCAGCGACAAAAACAAAUAACGACGAGAGAAGUAAACUCGCUCCUAUUUAAAAAAAAAACUCCCGCCCGCCCGCCGUCCCCAAUGGUUCUCAACACUCAACUCAAACACAUCUGGUUGACAGUUCUAAUUCGUUAACUUCAGUUUUAUUUUAUUUCGUCUCUUCUAGUUGCUUGUAAUUUAUAUGAAUUUUGCUUGCCUGCUAAACAACACACAUGUUUGUAAUAUUGUUAACACAUGUGCUUUGGUAUAUAGCAGCAUGUAGUGUAUAGACUUGUAAUAUAUUUUUAUGUAGGUACAUUUUUUUUUGUUGUUGUAAAUUUUUCGGGCCGCGCGCAUUCAAAGACAGUAACGAGCCGUGACGUUUUCGAAUUAACGGUCACAGAAAAAAGGGCGAGUUGAAGUUUUGUUUCAUGUGUAUAUUCAACGAAUGCUCCAUAUCUUUCAUAUCAUACUUAUAGAAGUGCUAUAGAAGUGCGGAGGAAGUAAUUUUUUUGUUGUAAUGUUUUUAUCGAAUGACAUUCGUUACGGAUUUGAUUAACGAAUGAUAGCGGGUUUAUUUAAGUAAACCAAAAAUACCUAGUGUAAUCUACCCCUAAAAUAUUUAUGAAAGGUUUAUACCUAAUCGAAAAAUCAUAGAAAUUAUUAUGAUUUAUGUUGUAUAAGAGUUGUAUAAGGGUGUUUGUGUAUUAAUUUGAUAGUGUGUGAUUAAAAAAAUAAAUCUUAAAAUAUAUUUUUAUAUUUAUAAAUAAUAAAUAAAAAAUAAAGUGUGGUGUGUCAUUAUUUUUGUUAAUCCCCCUUGUUUUUCUUUAUUUUGGAUUAUUUUAACCAACUGCCUGAGAAAAAAACGUCAAAAAGUGGAUUUAGUUGGCGCUUGAUUUGAAGAUACGUCAUAGAAUAUAGUGGAUAACAUCGACUUCAUUUUCCUUCUCUUAGUGGAUUUAUUACCAACAAUCACACACCAUUUGAGAUAUCUAAAUGAAUUCCAGUGAAUCACCACAAACGUAGAAGAAUAAUUCUCCAUGGAUACACCAGGAUGCCUAUAUCGAAUGAGGUAGCCCCGGUGGAAGAGUGGUCUAUAGCGAACGGCAACAACAACCACCAACAACAUCAAACGCCGAACGAUUUCACCAACAACGACAGAAAUGACCACAAGACACACUGCCCCAGAGCCCAUACCGCAUCCAACAAUAGAAACAAUGUAUCCCAAUUGAAAAAUCGGGAAGUAAUGUCAAGCAGAGUUGACACAAUUCAGAAAAAAACACUUAAUUGCGGCACAAAUUCGCCGCUGCAAGCAACUGGAAACUGCGAGCAUCCAAUGGGAACGUCAUCAGCUCAAGCGAAUCAUAGCGGUGUGACGGUGUCGGCUGGAGAAAAUAAUAACACCAGCUUUGACAGUGGCAGUGGCGGCGGUAGUGUCACAAAUACCAUUCACAAUUCUAAUGACAGUGAAACCCAUCAACAGAAGCAGCAACAGCCAGUUCAACAACAAAUCCAAAGACUUAGCAAUAACAUUUCAAAUAACAAUAAAAUUGUGAGAAACAUAAAUGGCGGCGACAGCAGUAGCAGCAGCCGCCUGAAUGGCUGUUGUUGUCCGCUUCGCCGGAGUCCGCCAGUGUCGUUGUCUAGGAUGACAGCUUCUCCUGCGACGACAACGACAACUACAACAACAACAGCAGCGGCGGUAAAGGAAUGCGUGGAUGAUGAUCAAGCGGAUAAUUAUUGCCAGCGAUCAAAAAAUAAUAACAACAAUAUAAAAAUGACAAUUACGUUGACAACGACGGCUCGCAAGAGAAACGAGUGUGGGCCGGUACCAGUGCCAGUGACAACGGCUGGCGCAGAAACUGUACAUAGUCUAGCAAAUGCAAUGACAACAUUGACAACAUCGACCACCACCAGUGCAAUAGAAAUGGCAUCAGCAGCAGCGCCAGUGACAACAUCGACCACGACAACGUAUUCUACAGCGACGACUAUGGCGAUAGCACCAUCAGCCACGUCUUCUUCUACGUCGUCGUUGUCGUCGUCGUCUCCAAACUCGACGAUAAAGUCAACCCAAAGAAUAAUGGUUGGAUGCGGUUCUAAUGACAAUACGAAUGAAAGCGAUGCCAAUCGAACAGCGGAAUGCAAAAUGAAUGCAACAAUGCGCAAUGAAUUUUUGCAGAACCCAUCAAAUAACGGUGAGUAUUUUGACAGAAUUUCGGAGAAAUAUUUGUUUUUUUAA